AUGGAUACCAUCAAGAACGCCGCCAACUACGUCGCUGAGUCUGUCCAGGGUGCCGGAGCCACCGCAUCCAAGGAGGCCAACAAGAACGUUGCCAAGGACAGCAAUGCCUCUCUAAGCACCCGUGCCCAAGCUGCCGGCGAUGCCAUCGGAGACAAGGUCGACGAGCAGACACACAACCGCAAGGCCGAUGUCCACAAGGAGGCCUCCAAGCACUAG